CAUGAGGCUGAUGAUGUCAUGCCAUUGCCUUGGCCAUUGUCCUGGCCAAAGUGAAAGUGUUGUUGUUGCCGCUUUUCCGGCCACGGUUGACACAUGAGUCGCCCCGGCAGUCAUGUGCCAUUAUCCCUCAAGUGAACAGCCUCAUAAUUAACUGCCAAGGUUCUCAAGAAGGGAUAACACGAAAGUCCAAGUGAAAUAAACUCAGAAAAAUCUACAACAGAAAGCAAUUUCAGUGAAAUUAACCAUCAACCAUUAACCAUUAAGGAUUAAGGAUUAUAACUGAAUAAAGGAUAACCCACUACUGGAGCUAUGGAUACUUUGAUAGUCGUCUGCUCGCUGCUUCUGCUGCUCCUCUCACAGAAUGCUGCAAUCCUUGGACAUCUGGAAGGCAACGCAUCCCCCGUCUCGUCUUCGCCUCCGUUGAGGCUGCAGCCAUCGACGCCAUCAAUAACGCAUUUUGUAAAUGACUCCUUCAUCAUCUUCUGCCAGACAGUACAAAAGGAUAUCGACACCAAGUGGCGUGAUCCCCGCGGCCAAACCCGUGAGAACACCAAGGGUCGAGUGCACAUCGAAAAGAAGACGGGUCUGCUGGCUCUGGUCUUUGAGCACAUCUCGUUGGACGACAGGGGCAACUGGACCUGCGAGGUGAAUGGCUAUGGAAAUGGGAACCAGAAUCGGAAUGUGAAUACCGAGCGCGAGUUCUUUUCCUCCUUUGAACUUCUCGUAAAUCAGAAAAUCUCAUUUGGCAAAACGGAACAAGUGCAGUCGGUGCGCGAAGGACGCGACGCGAUGGUCAAUUGCUUCGUGGAGGGUAUGCCAGCACCGGAAGUCUCUUGGCUCUACAAUGGCGAAUACAUAAACACUGUGAACUCGUCGAAGCACAAUCGCCUGUCGAACGGUCUGUACAUCAGGAAUGUCAGCCAGGCGGAUGCCGGGGAGUAUACGUGUCGUGCCAUGCGUAUAACACCAACUUUUUCGGAUUCCGAUCAAAUAACGAUAUUGCUAAGGAUACAACAUAAGCCCCACUGGUUCUAUAACGAGACGCUGCUCGUGCAGUACGCGUAUGUGGGCGGCGCCGUCAAUCUCAGCUGCGACGCCAUGGGCGAACCGCCGCCAUCAUUCACCUGGCUGCACAACGGCAAGGGCAUCCUGGGCUUCAAUCAUCGCAUCUUCGUGGCCGACUAUGGGGCCACGCUGCAGCUGAACAUCCGGAAUGACAGCCAGUUCGGGGACUACAAAUGCAAGGUGGCCAACCCGCUGGGAAGCCUGGAGCGUGUGAUCAAGCUGUUGGCGGGGGCCAAGCCCAUGGGGCCCACACGCUUCCAGCUGAAGCGCCUCUUUGCGGAUGCCUUCGAGCUGGAUCUGCGCACGCCCCGCAUGACCAAUGUCUCCGAUGAGAUGCAGAUCUUUGGCUACCGGGUGGCGUACAUGAGCGAGGGCGAGUUCAAGUUCAGCGCCGGCAACUGGAGCCAUGCCAAACAGCGGGAUUUUUCAUUUCAUAGAGGCCAGCGUUUCAUCAUUUCGCAUCUGAAGGGGAACACCACGUAUCUGAUGCGCGCUGCCUCCCGAAAUCUGGCCGGACUCAGUGACUGGAGUGGCGUGAAGAUCUUUGCCACUGCCGCCGCUCGCAGCUGGUACCCGUCCCCGUAUCCGGUGUACGCACUCAUCCUUGCUUUGAUUUAUGCAUAGAGCUUGUACCAAAUCCAAUGCCCAUACCCAAUCCCAUUCCCCAAUCCGAACCCGAUCUUGUUAAUGUUGCUGCUGAGUUCCCUAUUUUUUGUAUCUUCUGUGAUAGAACUUUGUGUGUGCAAUUCACUUAAACCUAAACCUAAACCUAAACCUUAGCCCAAAAUCGAGAGAAGUACGACGAAUUAUUAAAGAAAAUGCUUUUUAUGCUAUAUAAAUAUAUAUAGAGAAUAUGUUCCGCCUAUUGCCAAUUUUUGCUGCCAACUUUCCAUUCAUCAAUCACAUUUUUUGUACGUUUUU